CAUUUAAUCCGCUUCUGAAUUAUAAUGGACGGAGAUCUUUAUGAUGAGUUCGGGAAUUACAUUGGGCCGGACCUGGAGUCGGAUUCGGAAGACGAACAAAGCAUUUACGGUGGAGAAAAUCGAGACGGCGACGAGGAUGCAAUGGAGGAGGAUGAAGACGCCGAUGCCGAACCCGAGACUGCUCCAAUGUCUGUCGUGUUACACGAGGAUAAAAGAUACUAUCCUCAAGCAAUAGAAGUAUAUGGGCCGGAUGUUGAAACGGUUGUCCAAGAAGAAGAUACCCAAGCCCUGGACAAACCAUUGGUAGAGCCAAUCAAGCAGAAGAAAUUCCAGGUACAGGAACAACAGCUGCCUGAGACUAAUUACGACAUGGAGUACUUGGCUGACAUGCUGGAUAAUACUAACUUGAUGAGGAAUGUAACUUUAAUGGGACAUUUGCAUAAUGGCAAAACAUCCUUCGUAGACUGCCUUAUCCGUCAAACUCAUCCAGGCAUGACAAACAACGACACAACUAUCCCAAUGCGUUACACAGACACAUUAUUCGUGGAGCAGGAACGCGGAGUUUCCAUAAAGAGUAUGCCAGUUACAUUGUUGCUAAAAGAUAUUAAAGGGAAAUCGCACUUAUUGAAUAUUAUGGAUACACCUGGACAUGUUAAUUUUAGUGAUGAAGUCACUGCUGCUUUAAGGAUCUCCGAUGGGGCAGUCCUCUUCGUAGAUGCAGCUGAAGGCAUAAUGUUAAAUACCGAACGCCUCCUCCGCCAUGCAGUGCAAGAGCGAGUACCUCUGACCCUUUGCAUCAACAAAAUUGAUCGUUUGAUUCUCGAGCUCAAGCUGCCGCCCGCAGACGCGUAUUACAAGCUGAGGCAUAUUAUUGAUGAAUUGAACUCCAUGUUGGAGACCAAUCAACCGCAGGAUAACUCGGAGGAACCAGCUACUGUCUUCUCUCCUUUACUUGGAAACGUGUGCUUCGCAUCGUCCCUCUAUGAUGUUUGCUUCUCCCUGGAAUCGUUCGCCGCGAUGUACGCGGCGGCGCACCCGACCUCGGGCCUACGCUCGGCGGACAUGGCCGCCUGGCUGUGGGGAGAUGUCUACUUUAACGCUAAGAACAGAAGGUUCACUAAAAAGCAGCCACAUUCGUCCGCACAGAGAAGUUUUGUGGAAUUCAUUUUGGAACCACUUUAUAAGAUCUUUGCACAGGUUGUAGGUGACGUAGACGACACUCUCCCUCAGGUGUUAUGCGAACUUGGCAUAAAAUUGACUAAACAAGAAGCUAAAUUGAACGUCAGACCUUUGCUCAGGCUCGUGUGUAGCAGAUUCUUUGGCGAUUUCUGCGGUCUCGUAAACAUGAUUGUUCGCCAUGUGCCGUCACCACUCGACGCGGCUCCACGCAAAGUGGCACACACAUACCGCGGCACUGCUGGGCCACUAUUCGAUGACAUGGUCCACUGCGACCAGUCCGGCCGCCUCGUCGCUCAUACUACGAAGAUGUACCCCACUGACGACUGCACUUUCUUCUUGGUGGAACUAAACCGCGUGCCAGCCGGAUGCUGGGCUUUAAUCGAGGGCAUCGACCAGCCUAUCGUGAAGACCUGCACGCUGGUCGCGGCCGAGGAAGACGAGGAGCUGCACAUCUUUAGACCUUUGCGGUUCAAUACGCAAGCUGUGGUGAAGAUUGCCGUGGAACCUGUUAACCCGUCUGAGUUGCCCAAAAUGCUCGACGGACUUAGAAAGGUGAACAAAUCAUACCCGUUGUUGUCCACACGCGUUGAAGAGAGCGGCGAACACGUGAUACUGGGCACUGGAGAGCUCUACCUCGAUUGCGUUAUGCACGAUCUUAGGAACAUGUACUCCGAGAUAGACAUUAAAGUGGCAGACCCCGUAGUCUCAUUUUGCGAGACAGUAGUGGAGACGUCGUCUCUGAAAUGCUUCGCUGAAACUCCCAACAAGCGCAACAAGCUGACGAUGAUCGCCGAGCCGCUCGAACGCGGGCUCGCCGAAGACAUCGAGGCGGGGGCUGUUUGCGUCACUUGGGACAGGAAGCGGCUGGGCGAGUUUUUCCAGACCAAAUAUGACUGGGAUUUGCUGGCAGCCCGAUCGAUCUGGGCUUUCGGGCCGGACGCUACGGGCCCCAACAUUCUCGUCGACGACACACUGCCCUCCGAGGUCGAUAAACACUUGUUGGCUUCCGUGAAGGACAGCAUUGUACAAGGCUUCCAAUGGGGCACGCGAGAAGGUCCGCUUUGUGAGGAACCAAUUCGCAACGUCAAGUUCAAGAUUUUGGAUGCGGUGAUAGCACAAGAGCCACUACACAGGGGCGGAGGGCAAAUCAUCCCGACUGCUAGACGUGUGGCGUAUUCAGCGUUUUUGAUGGCGACACCUCGGCUGAUGGAGCCUUACCUGUUCGUGGAAGUACAAGCUCCAGCUGACUGCGUCUCAGCCGUGUACACUGUUCUUGCUAAGAGAAGGGGCCACGUGACACAAGACGCACCCGUGCCCGGGUCCCCCCUCUAUACGAUAAAGGCGUUUGUGCCCGCGAUCGAUUCGUUCGGCUUCGAAACUGACCUGCGCACGCACACGCAGGGCCAAGCGUUCUGCCUGCAAGUGUUCCAUCAUUGGCAGAUCGUGCCUGGAGAUCCGCUGGACAAGAGUAUUGUAAUUAGACCACUGGAGCCACAGCCAGCAACUCACUUAGCGCGCGAGUUUAUGAUCAAGACGCGCCGGCGCAAGGGACUCAGCGAGGAUGUCUCCAUCAACAAGUUCUUCGACGAUCCUAUGUUGCUCGAGCUCGCCAGACAAGACGUACAAUUAAAUUAAUAUUGCUUAUAUAUAAUGUGUUUAUUUAGUUUCAUUCCAAAUAAAAUAAUUU